AUGGCGCAGAUGUUAGUACUCUCGACUCCUGAUACAAGAGGACCCAGGUUCGAUCCCCAGACCAAGGACACAUCGGAAAUAAACUUGCCGGAUAUGUCAGACACUGUGUACACUGUAAUCGAUCUUGGUGAGCACGAGAUCCAUGUAGUCAGAGGCCGGAUGCUCAAAAUACAAACGGGACGGAACAGAGAUGAGGCGGAACAGAGAAAAGGCGGAACAGAGACGAGGCGGAACAGAGACGAGGCGGAACAGAGAAGACGGAACAGAGACGAGACGGAACCGAGACGAGACGGAACAGAGACGAGGCGGAACAGAGACGAGGCGGAACAGAAACGAGACGAAAGAGACGAGGCGGAACAGAAACAGACGGAACAGAGACGAGACGGAACAGAGACGAGACGGAACAGAGACGAGACGGAACAGAGACGAGGCGGAACAGAAACGAGGAACAGAAACGAAACGGAACAGAGACGAGGUGGAACAGAGAUGAGGCGGAACAGAGACGAGACGGAACCGAGACGAGACGGAACCGAGACGAGACGGAACCGAGACGAGACGGAACAGAGACGAGGCGGAACAGAGACGAGACGGAACAGAGACGGGACGGAACAGAGACGAGACGGAACAGAGACGAGGCGGAACAGAGACGAGACGGAACAGAGACGAGACGGAACCGAGACGAGACGGAACAGAGACGAGACGGAACAGAAACGAGACGGAACAGGUAAACCAACCUUUAAAACAUAG